AUGGCGACGACGGCAUCCGAACAUGACAUGAGCCCGAGAUCGAGGUUCUGUAUCGACCUUGACAUCACACCAAUGGAGACGAGUGAAGUCAGUGCUUCCCACUCUCCAAGCAAAUUCUUCUGUCGAUUCGACCCCGUGACGAGGAAAGGAAGACUGCUAAUGCUGCUGUUCGUUCGUGACGGUAGCUCGACUCUGCAGGAAAUGAGUCGACUGGAUGUGCUGCGCAUGACACAAGAAGCGGCAAAGCUUGGAAGUGAGUCUCCUGCUAAACCGUCUCAAUACCGAAGGCCAGGAACAGUCUGUGACGUCCAGCGCGUACACGCCAGAGACAUUCGCAGGAUGGAGAAUGCGUUCUCAGCAUCCAACGAACCGUCCAUUAUCCUUCGCAAACAAACAAUUUUCUUUAGCGCUGAUCCUUUGCGCGCGAUCGUUCUGCGAGAUGCCUGUUUGGUUUACGUUCCUGACGGAGCGGACAGUUUGAUCUCCAUGCUCAAGCAGGACUUCCUGACUAAUGCACGGGACAAUGCAGAGGCUCCUUUCGAGUUCAGAGCGUUGGAGGCGUUGCUAGCGACACUUGCAAGAUACUUUCGAGCUCAGUAUGAUCAGUUGUCUCCCGCUAUUGUAUCCGACCUCGAGCACCUCGUUCAAGGCAACUUGGACUCACACGAGCUGGAACGUCUACGUGAGUUCAAGAACACGAUGAACGAAUUUGAGUCUCAGGUGGAUGGAGUGCGUCGUGUGUUGAUGGAGAAGCUGAAGUGCUGA